GACGUCACCGAAUGUUGUUGUCGGCGCGGGCGGGGCCGCGCGGCAAAGAUGGAGGGGCGGCGGGGCGCGCGCCGGGCGGGCCCCCUGCAGGGCCUCUGGGUGGAGUGGACACAGCCGCAGCGCCCCGGGCGGCGCUGACAGCCUCUCCAGACAGCAGCCUCUCUGUGCCCCCCGGCACUGCUGGCACCCGCUGGGAACAUGGACCCCCAGAGUGAUGCGGAGGGAGGGUCCAACCCUGAGCCCUCGCUGGACCUGCUCUCCUGCACCCAGCUCCCUGCUGCCCUCCCCACUCCAGGGCCGGAGGGGCUGGCGGAGGCUCGGGGGGUGCCCGAGGCGUGCGCGGAGCGCCGGGGCCCGGGGCUGGACGCGGCGGCGCGGGAGCGGCAGCUGCAGCGGGAGCUGCUGGCCCUCAAGCAGCAGCAGCAGCUCCAGAAGCAGCUCCUCUUCGCCGAGUUCCAGAAGCAGCACGAGCACCUCACCCGCCAGCACGAGGUCCAGCUCCAGAAGCACCUCAAGCAGCAGCAGGAGGCGCUGGCGGCUCGGCGGCAGCAGGAGCUGGAGCAGCAGCGGCAGCGGCAGGAGGCCCUGGAGCAGCAGCAGCGUCUGGAGCAGCUCCAUGCCCUGCGCACCAAGGACAAGAGCAGGGAGAGUGCCAUCGCCAGCACGGAGGUGAAGCUGAAGCUGCAGGAGUUUCUGCUCAGCAAGACGAAGGAGCCAGCUCCUGGCCCCCCCAACCAUUCCCUCCCCCAGCACCCCAAAUGUUGGGCUCACCACACCUCGUUGGACCAGAGUUCCCCCCCCCAGACCGGCAGCCCGGGCACCCCCCCGUCCUACAAGCUCCCUGCGCUGGGCACCUACGACAGCAGGGACGACUUCCCGCUCCGCAAAACCGCCUCGGAACCCAACCUGAAGGUGCGGUCGCGGUUAAAACAGAAGGUGACGGAGCGCAGGAGCAGUCCCCUGCUGCGGAGGAAGGAUGGCUCCGUGAUCAGCGCCUGCCGCCGCCGCGCCCUCGAGGUCACCGUGUCGUCAGUCUGCAGCAGUGCCCCAGGCUCUGGGCCCAGCUCCCCCAACAGCUCCCACAGUGCCAUCGCCGAGAAUGGCUUCACCGGCUCCGUCCCCAACAUCCCCGCAGAGCCCCGUGCCCUCGCCCUGGAUGGCACAGGCCAGCUCAGCCUCUACACGUCCCCGUCCCUGCCCAACAUCUCCCUGGGGCUGCAGGCCACUGUCACUGUCACCAGCUCCCACCUCAGCGCGUCCCCCAAGCUGUCGCCGCAGGCAGAGGCCGAGCGCCCGGGGGUGGCCACCCUGCGGCCCGGGGCCACCCUCACGGGCAAGUUCCUGAGCACCUCUUCCAUCCCGGGCUGCCUGCUGGGGGUGGCCCUGGACGGGGACCCCCCCGCCGGGCCCGCGACCCUGCUGCAGCACGUCCUGCUGCUGGAGCAAGCGCGGCAGCAGAGCGCCCUCAUCGCCGUGCCCCUGCACGGGCAGUCGCCGCUGGUGAGCGGGGAGCGCGUGGGCAGCGUGCGGGCAGUGCCCAAGCUGCCUCGGCACCGGCCCCUCAGCCGCACCCAGUCCUCGCCCCUGCCCCAGAGCCCCCAGGCCCUGCCCCACGGCGCCCUCCAGCACCACUUCCUCGACAAGCAGCAGGUCCAGCUGGGGAAGCUGCUCCCCAAGUCAGGGGAGCUGGCACGGCCGCCCCCUACCCACCCCGAGGAGACGGAGGAGGAGCUGACAGAGCAGCAGUCACCCCCCCCGGGGGACAGGGUCCCCCCCGGGCCCCCCCUCACCAUCGUGUCCCCCGAUGCUGGAGACCCCCCAGAGCAGCGGCAGGAGCCUGAGGGCUGUGGAGGGGCCUGCGAGGAGCCAGGGGAGGGUGGGGACGAGCCCGAGGGUCCCGGGGGGGUCUCUGGUGUCACCGAGCUGGGAGCCAGCUACAAGCAGGUGUUCCCUGAGGCUCAGCUGCAGCUGUACCCUGGCCCAGCCCUGGGCAUCCUGGCACUGCCCCACCCAGCCCUUGCCCGCACCCAGUCGUCCCCUGCCAGUGCUGGCAUCAAGCCCCCUGUGCCCGAUGGGCCCCCCAAGCACCUCUUCACUACAGGCGUGGUGUACGACACCUUCAUGCUGAAGCACCAAUGCACCUGCGGCAACACCAACGUCCACCCCGAGCACGCCGGCCGCAUCCAGAGCAUCUGGUCCCGGCUGCAGGAGACUGGGCUGCUGGGCAAGUGUGAGCGCAUCCGGGGCCGGAAGGCGACGCUGGAGGAGAUCCAGGCUGUGCACUCGGAGCACCACACUCUGCUCUACGGCACCAGCCCUCUCAACCGCCAGAAGCUCGACAGCAAGAAGCUGCUGGGUCCCAUCAGCCAGAAGAUGUAUGCGGUGCUGCCCUGCGGGGGCAUUGGGGUGGACAGCGACACAGUGUGGAACGAGAUGCACUCCUCCAGCGCCGUGCGCAUGGCCGUGGGCUGCCUGCUGGAGCUCUCCUUCAAGGUGGCUGCUGGCGAGAUCAAGAACGGCUUUGCCAUCAUCCGCCCCCCAGGGCACCACGCCGAGGAGUCCACGGCCAUGGGCUUCUGCUUCUUCAACUCCGUGGCCAUCUCGGCCAAGCUGCUGCAGCAGAAGCUGAGUGUGGGCAGGAUCCUCAUCGUGGACUGGGACAUCCACCACGGCAACGGCACCCAGCAAGCCUUCUACAGCGACCCUGACGUCCUCUACAUCUCCCUGCACCGCUACGACGACGGCAACUUCUUCCCGGGCAGCGGAGCGCCGGAGGAGGUGGGCAGCGGGCUGGGAGUGGGCUACAACAUCAACAUCGCCUGGACGGGUGGCGUGGACCCCCCCAUCGGGGACGUGGAGUAUCUCACAGCCUUCAGGACCGUGGUGAUGCCCAUUGCCAACGAGUUCUCCCCGGACGUGGUGCUGGUCUCUGCCGGCUUCGACGCCGUCGAGGGUCACCUGUCCCCCCUGGGUGGCUACUCUGUCACUGCCAAGUGUUUCGGGCACUUGACCAAGCAGCUGAUGAUGCUGGCGGGGGGCAGGGUGGUGCUGGCCCUGGAGGGGGGACAUGACCUGACAGCCAUCUGCGACGCCUCCGAGGCCUGUGUGUCUGCACUGCUCGGCCUGGAGCUGGAGCCCCUGGAUCCGUCCCUGCUGCAGCAGAAGCCCAACGUGAACGCUGUGGCCACGCUGGAGAAGGUCAUCGAGAUCCAGAGCCAGCACUGGGGCUCCGUGAAGCGCUUCGCGGCCGCCGUGGGCUGCUCCUUGCUGGAGGCGCAGAAGGGGGAGGCAGAGGAGGCAGAGACGGUGACAGCCAUGGCCCUGCUGUCCGUGGGGGCCGAGCAGGGCGGCGCCGACCCACGGCCCAGGCCAGCAGAGGAGCCAAUGGAGGCUGAACCCACGCUGUGAGCCCACCGUGGGCCCCCCCGGAGGAGACUCUUGUCAGAGAUGGGGAAAAAAAAACAACCUCGGAGAGUGAGGAGAAAACAGAGAAAGCAGAAAGAGUUCACGGCGGAGGGAGAGCAAAGGGAAGGAGCAGAGGCAAAGCCGCAGCCCGGGGGGGGGCAGGGACAAGAGGAAAAUAUUUUCUUUUUCUAUUAAAAAGAGGAGAAAAAAAGACACAAAAAACCCCCCCGAGAGUCCUCUCGGAGCGCAGCUCCGCGCAGUGCCCGCAGCCGCGUCCCGGUGCAGCAUCAGCUCCGCCCGCGCUCAGCUUCAGCUCCCCCCGCGCCUGCCCUGCCCUGCCCCCUCCCCACCCCCCCAGCGCCUCUCUAGUUUUUACCCCCCCCUGUUUUAUCUUUUCCCCCUCCCCUGUCCCUGGCUCUGGAAUCUCUCCCCCCCCAGCUCCCCUCCCCCUCCCUCUCCUCCCCCAGGGGGAAUCUUUGUGCCUUUCAGUCAAGUUUUGGGGCUUUAGGUUUUGGUUUAAUGCCUUAAAUUUCCCUCGGAGGUUCUUGGGUUUUUUUUUGGGGGGGGGAUCUUAAUUUUCCUGGGCGGGGGGGGGGGUGGGUAAUUUAUUUUUGUGGGGUUGAGGGUUUUUUUAUUCCCUGUUUUUAGGAGGAGGGGAAGGAGGGAGAGGAGCCACAGGAGGACAAAGCUCCCAUCCCUGUGUCACUUGAGCCACCCUCAGCAGGGUCAAAUUUUGUCCAUUUUAAAGAGAAGUGGAAAGGGAAGAAGGAAAAGGAAAGAAAAAAGGAAAUAAAUAAAGAAAAGGAGAUAAAGAAAGGGAAAAAAAAGAGAUAAAGACCCGAAAAAGGAGGCAAAGACCCAAAAAAGGGAGAUAGAGACCCGGACAGAGAGGGUCAAACUCCCCCUUCCCCCCCCUUUACCUUCCCGUCCCUCAGCAGCGCAGGGGUCUGGGUCCGUGCAGGCUCCGGCGGAGCCCCCCCGGCCCCCCCCCGAGCUCUCUAACUUUGCUACAGAUGCGUUAUUGAAUAGUAUUUUUGUAAGGGGUGGUCCCGGGGGGGGGACAGUGCUUUUAAGUGAUUCCACAGCGCGGGGGGAAGGGUCGGAGGUGUCCCUGAGUUUCGGGGGGUAGAAAGGAGCUCUGCGGCCCCCUGCAGCCAGCCCCCGGGGGGUUGCCUCGGUUUGGAUUGGGGGGGAGAGGUGGCGAGGAGGGAAGGGGGGGGGCGGUGUUGCUGUAGGGACCCCUCCCCGCACGCACGCACCCUGGGGGCUGUGUUGGGUGGUGGUGGCUACUCAGGACCCCUUUUUAUGGGGGGGAGGGGUUGCGACAACAGCUCCCAUCGAGGCACCCUCCCGGCCCCCCACCCCCUCUCACACCUGCCCGGGGGCCGAGGGGCGCUGAGCUCCGGCAGCGAGGCUGCUUCUGCUUUUGGGCUGCUGUCGUCCGUGUCCGUCCGUGUCCGUGUCCCCCUUCGUGUCCCCCUGCCCAGCCCCCGCCCGGGCUCUCUCCUGUCGCCGCUCGCUCUGGACAUGGUUCAGUAUUUUGUAAGAUGUUCUCUGAUGUUGUCCGCGGAGAAAUAAAAACUUGUUUCUGGCA